AUGGCGGUCACUGCUCACACCAGAUCAUCAGUACAACUGGAAAUCAUAGUCGUCGGCGCCGGUCUGAGCGGCCUCGCAACAGCAGUAGCGGCAGCUCUCUCGGGGCACAAAGUCACAGUCUUUGAAUCCGCAAAGGAGCUGCUCGAGGUCGGAGCAGGCCUGCAGGUGACGCCAAACUCCACCCGCAUCCUGCAGAAAUGGGGCCUCCCAGAUCGCCUCUGGAAAUCCGCCUCGGAGCCCAACACGCUUGUCGUCCACCGCUACUCGGGCAGCGUCCUCGCCAAGGAGGAGAACUUCAACAAGAACAUCCGCGCAAAGUAUCAGGCCCCCUUCAUCGACCUGCACCGCGUCGAUCUGCAGCUGUCCCUGUACGAGCGCGCCAAGGAGCUUGGCGUGCGCUUCGCCCUCGGCGAGAAGGUCGACAGCAUCGACUUCGACCUCCCCGAGCUGACCACGCAGUCCGGCGUCAAGGCUCGGGCGGACCUCAUCGUCGCCGCCGACGGGCUGUGGUCGCGCUCGCGCGCGUGUUUCUUGAAGGCGGACGAUCCGCCGCUGGCGACCGGCGAUCUGGCGUACCGUGUUGUGUUGAACGUUGACCAGAUCAGCGACCCGGAGCUGAAGGCGUGGAUUGAGAAUCCGCAGGUGCAUUUCUGGGUCGGGCCCGGCACGCAUUGUGUGGGAUACUCGAUGCGGGCGGAGAAGAUGUAUAAUCUUGUGGUGCUGGCGCCGGAUGACUUGCCGACGGGGGUGAGCAGGCAGGCGGGUGAUGUCGAUGAGUUGAGACAGCGGUUUGAAGGGUGGGACCCGAUUUUGAGGAAGUUCCUUGAUGCUGUUGACAGUGUCGAGAAGUGGAAGUUGAUGCACAGAGAAGAGAUGGCCUCAUGGGUGAGCGACAAGUCCAACUUUGUGUUCGUCGGAGAUGCAUGCCACCCCAUGCUGCCGUACCUCGCCCAGGGCGCCAACUCAGCGGUAGAAGACGGCGCUGUUCUUGGUCUUUUGCUGGGCCAUCUCACCAGCAAGUCUCAAUUGCCGACUGCCCUGAGAUUGUACGAGAAGCUCCGCAAAGCCCGCGGCGAGGCGAUUGUGAGGGAGACGUUCAAGCAGCGCCAUGAUUUCCACAUGCCCGACGGCCCAGAGCAAGAGGCCAGAGACAAAAUCUUCCUGUCUCAACUCGGCAAAGAGCUCAAGGGCCCCUUUCCGAGCAGAUGGACGUGUCCCGAGGUCCAGCCGUGGCUGUACGGCUACGAUGCGUACAAGGAGGUCGAGGAGGUGAUGAAGAGCGACCCGUUCAGCAGGGCGAAUCUUUAG